UGCUCAGAUGGGGACAGACGCACAGCGAGUCUAUUGGACCAGCAGCAAAGAGAAGGAAAGCGCCUGUGAGAGUCAAGACUUUGCAUGCUUUGUUGUCUCUAGAAAGGGAGGCCUGGAGACACCUGUCCCCUCACGUAUUGAAGCAUGGACGCGCUCUCGGAUAAAACCUUUAUUAUAGGCGCUUCCUCUGACCGCUGCGCGUAAAGUUGUUUUUCUUUCCUUUCGUCCGACUCUUUAGUUUUGCUUUCCCCCUCCCAGAUUGAUGACUUCGCCGCUGUCUCUGGGUCAGCUGCUCGGGGUUCCUUUAGAAAUAAUGCCCCCCACCAUGGACAAGGACGCAACUUACACCAAGAUCUUCGUCGGCGGGCUGCCUUACCACACCAGCGACGCCUCACUUCGGAAAUAUUUCGAGACUUUCGGGGACAUCGAUGAGGCGGUGGUGAUCACGGACAAGCAGACGGGGAAAUCCAGAGGAUAUGGCUUUGUGACCAUGGUCGAUAGGGCAGCAGCAGAACGGGCAUGCAAAGAUCCAAACCCCAUCAUUGACGGCAGGAAGGCCAACGUGAACUUGGCGUACCUUGGUGCAAAGCCUCGCAACUCACAGACAACUCUUUCAGCUGGGGUUCACCAAGUCCUUCCUACAUGGGCUCAGAGGCAAUACGGGUUCACCCAGCAGUAUGUCUACCCUCAGGCGUUCCUCCAACCAAGCCUCCUGCUGCAGUCUCACCUGAGCCCCACAGCGACAGCUCUCACCUCCCCUUACCUGGAGUACAGCUCCGCCUACAGCCCCUACGCCCCAUCAGGACUGGAGCAUUACCCUUAUGUCCCCUCCCCAUCACCCGCCACAGGCUACCUCAGCUAUAGCUUCUCUCCGGCUACACCAUCUCCUGCUCUGACUGCUCCUCCAACCCCUCCAGCUGCCAUUCAUCCUCCUCUAGCCACACUCGGCACUGUGUCGGCCACACCGCCGACCUUCCUCCACUACCCCCUCCACCAGCCCGACCGAAUGCAGUGAGCAGACCUGAGCGGGUUGCUCAAACUGCAGGCGUGACGUAUCAAAACACGGGGACUGCUGAUUGGAGACAUAGUGAGGAGUAGACUGGAUGGAGGAGUCAUUGAAAAAAGGGCUUUUUGAGAGAUGUCUUUUUUUCUUGUUUUUAUAAACCUUGGUGUUGCAGGGGAUGAUCACGAUCGCCCUGCAUUGUCGUCAGCACAAACUGUGAAUGUUUUCCAAAACUGCUACAAUCCAGUUGAGAUCAGUAAAUUUUAAGAUGCUUCUUUGUUGGUAGUCAGGCUGCAGGAAGAAACAUAAAGUUCUUCUUCUACAUCUUUGUGCCAUGUUGCUGCAGCUGCAUUUUCUUCAAAGGUACUGCACUGAAUACUGGAUUUCAAUCUGUCUGAGAACCAGGUUCUGUGGGAAACACAGACGCAGUUCCCUCUGGUUCUAGGUUACCUUCCUGUCUGUGGCAGAGGAUUUCUCUCUGUAUCCAGUAAUCUCAUAGGUUCCUGUUAUCUACUGCUAGGGUCUUCACACAAUAUGCAAUUAUGCUAAGAAUAUGUCAGCUUAAGGUAGGCAACACUGGCAUUUGAUGUUGUUGAUGUUCUUUUCCUCGAGCAGUAGUUAGAGCACAACUCUGUCAGGCUUUAAAAUCAUUUAACCCUGUUUUUCUAGCUUCUUUUUAGCCUUUUUUACAAGUGACUAAAUUUUCUUUCCUCUUUAGUCACCCUUGUCAAUACAAUUAAGUUUAUUGCCCUCAACACCCACUCACAGUCUCUAGUAAAUUUAAGUAAUAAAUCAUACAAUUACUCCAUUUUUUAUUUUAGUGUAAUAAAUCCGAUAAAAGGAAAUAAUGGUAGUGCCAGACCUGUUGGAACCUCUAAAUGUUAUUUUUAUAUCACUUUUAAAUAGGUUUAUGUCUCCAAGUUUUAAUCAAUUAUCUGUUGCUUACUGUUUCCAUGUGGUUUAAAUAUGACACACUGACUUGUUAAGUCAUUUUAUGGCACCAAGAGUAUAAACAAAAUUAUGAUUUUGUGGAAAAGCAGCUAAAACCCACUGUUAGGCAUGGUGGAGGAUCUGUCAUGGCAAGGGUGUGUUUCUUUUCAAAAAGCCUUUGAAAGAAUUACACUUUUUUUAAGUACCAAGGCCUUUUAAAUGAAAACCGGGUGGAGCACACAAGAAAACAGAAACAUGGGUCAUCAUGAGCAGAUAAGACUGAAAUUCCAGCUCCUACUACGGCUUUCCAAGUUCCACAACCUAAAUCCUGCAGAAAACCGUUUGGCUGAACAGAGAAGACUACACUGGGUGGAUGCAGAGAACUGGAUGAUCUAAAGCAGAUGUCUCAAACUACAAUCAUCAAGAGAGCUUGGGUCCAAACCCGUCCAAAUUGUUCUGUUAAUGACAUAACUAUUUGUUCAGUUUUCAUUAAAGACACUGGUCUCCAGUGGCUGGAUCCUAGGACCGUGAGAUUGUCAGCAAUCAAGUUACGAUUAUAGCCGGUGGUAUCGGCAGUUUCAAUACAUCUGGCACUAAUUUAGACAAUAAAAUCUGAAAUUUGUGUCUUUACUUAGUAAAUACGCUUUGAGAAGUUUUCAUUUUAAGUUUAUGUAGGUUGAAAUUGCAUUAAAGAUACUUUCUUUUUUAAUAACCCUUUGCCUUUAAACGUGGAGGCCACUGGAAAUGUGUUUAAUUUAAGUGUUUGUACCUUUAAUGUGUGAAUGAGAUUCAGUUCAGUGCAGUAUGCUACCACUUGUACCAUUGUCCUGUGUUCUUUCGCAGCAUCAUAUUGACAGGUACAUUAGAGAUGAUCAUGGAGUCUCCUGGUGUUGCAGAAGUACCACCAGUCCUAGUGGUCUGAACCAAGCCAUAUGUUAGAUUUUAAACAAAUAUGCAAAAUAAAUGACUGAAUGUUUUAAAGGG